AAGACCUCCGCUUGGUUCCCGUGCUCCGCGCCGGUAUUAGUACAUUUUCACGCUCACGUCGCGGCCGAUUCCUACGGCAAACUUUUGACGAGCCAAUGAAUUGGUGGGGUUAGCCGAAGCUCAAUCCAAACACCCCCAUCUUCGUUUCCCCCACCUUCAAAUUCCUCCCUUCCCCGCUAAGCAAUUCUCAUAGUGCUCAUCUCGCGCAUCUCACCAGCUCGAUCGACCUCCCAGCCCACACAGUGACAGCGUAAGUGCAUAAGCAUCAGUGGGCCAAAGGCGAGCGAGAGGAAUUGAUACGCCGGAAAGAACCCAGCUUUAUUUGGCAAGAAACAGAGCAUCGACCAGACGACCACCGCACACACCACACCAAUACGAAGAGCAGAGGAGAGGGCUAAAGCGAUCGAUCGCGGCGGCAAAGAGAAAAAGCUUAAAAGAGCGGACGUCGUCACGUUGCCUCCUCUCCUUUUCUCUUCUCUUUGCUCUCUUCUAGAUCGAUGGCAGCGCAGCAGGCCGCCUCGGUGCUGCAUAGCUUCCCGUUCAGGGCCGCCGUGCUCGCGCUCUGCGUCGCGCUGCUGCCGCUCGUCCCCUCGCAGGAGCCCGGCGCCGGCGCCGGAGCCGGGCAGGCGUUCCUCGCCAAGGCCUGGGAGCUGAUCCACCUGCUCUUCGUUGGCAUCGCCGUCUCCUACGGCCUCUUCAGCCGCAAGAACAGGACCGACGAUGGCCGCGCCGUGGUUGCCGCCACCGCCGCAGAGAAGGACGCUACCGUGGGGCAGGAAUUGGCUAAGGCGGACGCAAGAUACGCGUGGCGGAUGUUCAGAGACUCGAUCGCGCCAUUCGACGACGACGAUGGCGACGUGCUGGCGCCGGACAGCCCUCGCGGCGGUGGCGAGGGGGGCGGCAGCGGGAAGGUGCGGUCAUGGAGCGCACUGCACCGGCACGAUGAGCCUGUAGUCGUGGUAACCAACGGAGGAGGAGGACGGAACGGGCACUCCGCGGACGGGCAAGCGCCGUUGUCGCUGCCAGUGCGGACGCUUAAGCCACAGCAGACGCAGGACGCCAACGUGGGUGAUGGUGCCGAGCCGCCGCGCGCGCGGCCACGUCGAAGCUCUCAGGACUCGGCGGCCGGCGGCGCCCGUGACGAGACCGUGCUCCUCUCGCCGAUCCCGUGGCGGUCGCGGUCCGGGAGGCUGGACGUGGGCAGGCCGGCAUCGCCGAACCCCUCGCCGUCGCCGAAGAGGCUCCCCCCCACGUCGUCCUCGUCCAGGGAUACGCUAGCCAAGGCCAGCGAGGAGGAGUACUACGCUAAGCGGAGGAGCCCGUACAAGUUUUCCAUCUCCAGCCAGCCGCCGGCGCCGCCUCCACCACCACCUCCGUUUCUUGUCCACGGUUACCACCCGGCGGCCGAGCGCCGGAGAGCGGCGGGGAAAAGCUUCAAGGAGGAGCUGCAAGACCACAGAAUGAGAGGUCGAGGUGAAGACCACUACUCGCCGAACACGACCAGCUUCAGCAUCUCUGGUUACAGCAACAGCAACUCCUCGCCGGCGAAGGCAAGAAGCUCUUUUGACGGAGGCUCGUCCUCUUCGUCGUCGUUGGCUUCAGUUGGUAAGUCGGUGAGAACGAUCAGCUCAAGGGAAGCUGCAGUUUUCCAAGGCCAGAGCCAAGAACUGCCUGACGACGCCGGUGAUGGCCGUGACGAUGUACUGGGCGUACACGGAUCAGAGGACUCAUACGCCUACAGAGCUUACCAGUCCAUUCCCAGGUUCCAGUACGAGAGAUCAGUGAUCGAUCCUAUCCUCGGCGGAGUGGCAGUCUCCUCGGACGAGACAGAGAGCAGCGACGACGACGACGACGACGAUGUCGGCGGCGGCGCGUACUCGACGAGGGAGUCGUCGCCUGAGGUGGACGAGAACGAGGUGGACAAGAAAGCGGAGGAGUUCAUCGCGAGGUUCAGGGAGCAGAUCAGGCGGCAGAGAAUCGAGUCGAUAAAGAGAUCGGCGGGGCCGCGCGGCGUCAAACACGGCAAGUAGCUCGCCGGCCGGUGGUCGCCGGCGUCGGCGUGCCGUCUGGUGUUUUUGUUUUCUUUUUGGUUAAGUAGUUAAUGUCAUCCAGACCCCAGAGGGAAAAGAAAGAUGCUGCAUAUGACAGUUUCAAAUAACCACUUGUAAACAUUCAUGUAGGUGAUGAAUGGGGGUAUAUGUUCAUGCAAGCCAUGAUUGUACUUUUCGGCCAAGAGAUCGAUCGACUUUUGCAAUCAAUCUCUUGGCUGUCUAUUAGGCAUUUGUUUUGCCUCAA